AUGGGUUUCAGAUUUCAGAUGAUAAUCUAUGGUACACCAGGUAUAAUGCACGGAGUAGGUAUGUGUUGUUUCCAAUUCCGUGCGAGGCGGAGGAAGGGAAGGAAGCGGACGGCGAAGGAGAAGGAGAAGGAGAAGGGAGUGACUGAUUGA